GCGGGCGGGCUGGAGGCGGGGAAGAGGCUGGCCGGGCCGGGCGGCUGCCCGCCCCGCCCGCCGGGUCAGGAGGAGGCUGUCAGUGGCCCGUGGCCAUUGCGGGAGGGAGGCGGCGCGGGGCGUGUGCGGCGGCGGAGAGAGGAGCGGAGCGAGGCACAACUCCAAGGCGGCCGAGAUGUUGCGCUACAGCUCGGGCUUGACCCUCACCACCACCACGCCGAAGAAGCCCGACGGCCAGGGCGGCCCUGCUCAGAGAAAGGCAAACGUGUGUCGGCUACGCUUGACCUUGCCCCCCGAAGAAAACUCGCUUUCUCAGGAAAUUAAAAAUAAGACUGAAAGGACAAAAAAGCAACUCUACCAGGUUCCCAAUGGAUUGUCUGCAGGGAACUUAUCGCACGGUGUGGUGUAUGGUGUGGUGCGUAGAUCUGAUGAUAAUCAUAACAAAGAAAUGGUGGUUUAUGGAUGGUCAACUCAACAGCUGAAAGAAGAAAUGAAAUAUAUAAGAGAUGUGAGAUUAACAUUGGAAAAAGUAAGAAAGAAAAUGUAUGGCGAAUAUGAUGAAAUGAAACGCAAAAUCCAAGAGCUUACAAAUGAACUGGCAGUAUCAAGUGCUCAACAAGAAUCAUUGGACAAUCACAUAGAAGUGCACUCUGCAGCUCUGAAUAGCUUCAGUGAAAUGAAUAACUCGUUGACCUCAGCCUCAAUUGAGUUGCAGAAAACUUUAGUUGAUGUUACUUUGGAGAAUACAGUUAUACGAGACCAAAUAAAAAAUCUGAAACAAACACAUGAACAGUCUAUGGAAAAACUGAAGGAAAAGCAGAAACAGCUGGAAACUGCCAGAGUUGAAAACGAGGUGCUCAAACUCAAGGUAGAAUGUUCACAGGAAGCAAAUGCAGAAGUAAUGAGAGAGAUGACCAGAAAACUAUACAGUCAAUAUGAAGAGAAGCUACGAGAAGAAGAACAAAAACAUAAACUUGAGAAAGAAACUCUAAUAUCUGAAACAAAUAGACUACUUACAGCCAUUGAAGAUGCAAAUAAGAAGAUGAGACUUACCGAGAUGAGUUUACAAGAAAAAGACCAAAGAAUUGGCGAGCUGGAUCAGUUUAUUUUGCGCAUGGAAGAUGAACGCCAUCAACUGCAAAAGCAACUCAUAGAAUAUGAAAUACAACUUAACGGAGCAAACCUUCACAGUCAGUCAGGCAGACAAAGGUCACAUCAGUUAGAGGAGGUUACAGCUAGUCUGCGAGAACGAAUCAAACAUCUGGAUGACAUGGUUCUUUGCCAACAGAAGAAAGUCAAGCACAUGGUUGAGGAAAUUGAGCUGCAAAAGCGAAAGAUGAAGCAAAAGGAACUGUUUAUAUUACAACUUUUAGAAAAAAUAUCAUUCCUUGAAGGAGAGAAUAAAGAAUUACAAGACCGUUUGGAUUACUUGAUGGAGUCACAGUCAAAGACUGAUGUAGAAACCAGAGAUGUUGGAGUAGGAUGUGACCUUCCACUGAGCACUGAGAACAGCGGCACAUCUUCCGAGACAUCAAAGCCUGCCAGGACAUACACUCCAUUCAAGAGAGUCUUGGAGUAUUCGUCAAAGCGCAGCACAACUGCCAUCAUUCCAGGCCCAGGAACUCCUCACACAUGUUCCAGCGUCUUGAAACUCUGCAGCUUGAAGGACUGAUGAGGCAGAGAAGCCUUUCAGACACUUUGUUCAUGAAGCUGCCCUGUAUUUAUUUGCAAGGGAACCAAAGGUGAGCAAAACCUCUGCCCCUGUUCCUUUUUUAGAGGAAGGAGUAUGCAAAGUCACCUGCCACAUUUUGAGCACACCUGAAGGAGAGGCUGCUGGACAGCAAUCCUAACUGCACAUGGAAACUCAUUUCUCAUUUGAACUUUAAUCUAAUUCUACUUCACAGAAGUGCCAUUUUCUUUACUUGAAAAGGGCAUUAAUUUCAAUGUUACCCUUUUCCUUUUUGGAAAAGUGGUAGUUACAGCCAAAGAUAUAUUGGCAGUUUGCUUGGGGAGGAAGUCUCUGCUUUUUCUAGCUCUUUAAGAUGCUGAUUCUGAAAACACUGAAUGGGACCACGGCGCUCCUGAAGAGGGAGGCAGGGACCACCACCAAGGAAGCGUGCCAGGGGUGCUCUUGUGAGCUUUGUGGAAAGGAAUGAAAUUUGUUGGGUUUCUGCAACAAGGCACGUAGCUCUCUAAUCUGUUAACUACCAAGUUUAUUUCUGAGAUCCACAGUUUCUUUUCAAAGGGACUUUUUCAGUCUUUCAUACCCACCUCUCAUCUGUCUCCAGGAAAUAUAGCAUUGGUUCUUCAUGUAUAUUAAUACCUGGAAAUACUUACGUGUCUAUUUAUAUCCUUCCUGUUUAACAAAGCCUAUUAUUUUGUAUAUUGGAAAUCCCUGAAUGCUGUUCCACUGAAAUAUGGUUAAAAAUCCUUUGUACUGAAGCUUAAGCCACAUUUGACUAACUCACUGUACAUGCAUUUUUAUAAUGUGCUAUGUUGUAUUUUAAUGUCAUUUAACAUCAGUGCUGGAGGGGCUAGCUAUUCCUCAAGGGAUACACAAUGUGUAAGAGUUAACAGGAGAAAUGUUGAUUUAAAAUGAUUGGCACCAUGCUUUUAAAGACUCUGGCCCAUUGUCACUGUGUUUCACAUUUGACUAUACUCUUUCAACAGAGCUCUUGUUAUUUUCAUGUAUGUGCACUACUUAAUUAGUAAAUAGAAAAGAACACUGUAUAGGAAGUCUGAGGCCAUAUGAGUCACUUGGAUAACUCUGCAACAAGAGAACUAUUUGCUUAGGAUACCAUCCAGCCACCUCAGUUCCUUCCCACUUGGCUCUAGUGUGCCUGCUUGAAUAAAUACUUUUUACAAAUUGUACCAAAGGCAACAUAUUCUACAUUUACAAAUGGAGGGAAAACCUAAAUAUGAAGUAUAUAUUCCCUGUGAUGUUAUAUAUUCCAUUUAUAUUGUUAUGAAAUUGUUACUGUGGGUGGGACUAUCAUGCCUUUGCCCUUGGCUUCCCAAGGCAAUUCGUGGUCAGAGUCUGGGAUUUGAUGAAGUAAUGUUAAUGGUUUCCAGCGUGAGUGAAUGCCUAGGAAGUAGUUUGAGAUUGUUCUGGAAGGUUCUGAAUGGAGAGAGAGACAUCAGAGAUUGAGGAAGAAGAGUGGCGUUCUUGUUGCGGUCAUGGGGAGGAGGCUGAAGUCUCUGAGUGAAGCAAACUGCAACAGAAGGAGAGAGCGCAGCGCUGAGGGAGCUGAAACGUUGAAAGCACCUGGGUGUGCCUCUUUCUGGAGAUUUGAUUUAUUGCCAUUUGUAAAUAAAUCUGAUAAUACAAAA